CGACAGACAGACAGACAGACAGACAGACAGACAGACAGACAGACAGACAGACAGACAGACAGACAGACAGACAGACAGACAGACAGACAGACAGACAGACAGACAGACAGACAGACAGACAGGAUCGAAGGGGGAAACAGAAACAAAGCAGUGAAACAAACAAUGGCUUUCUUGGACAACCCAGCCAUUAUCUUGGCCCACAUCCGGCAGUCCCAUGUGACCAGCGAUGACACGGGCAUGUGUGAGAUGGUGCUAAUCGACCACGACGUGGACCUGGAGAAGUGGCAGCUGGCCUCGGUGCCCGGCAGCAGCGGGGGUUCACUGGGUUCGGGCUCCCUAGGCGAAGGGGGCAGCGGAGGGGAGAACCCGGGCUGCGACCUCUCCCAGUCAUUGGACAUCACCUCCAGCUGGGACUUUGGCAUCCGUCGGCGCUCCAACACAGUGGUGUUUUGGGGACUGAGUGUUCUUCUGCCGAGACUUCACCUGAAGUGGCUGACUGUCUCACCAGGACGUCAACAAGAAAGGCGCGAGAAACCAGGGGUGGCUGCUCAAAGACUUGAACGGUUAAGGAAAGAGCGACAGAACCAGAUCAAAUGCAAAAACAUUCAAUGGAAGGAGAGGUCGUCCUCGCAAUCAGCGGAGGACCUGGGUUCCCUGUUUGAGAAGAAUGACUUUAAAGAUAGACCCAGGAGCACUGGUACCAAGUCGACCCUCUCUCUCCGGCUCGAGCAAUGCCCCCAGCAGCUCAACAACCCUUUCAACGAAUACUCCAAAUUCGACGGCAAGGGCCACGUAGGUACAACCGCAACCAAAAAAAUUGACGUCUACCUCUCGAUGCAGUCUGCACAGGAGAAACUGCAUCCCAUGAUGGUGGUGACCAUCGCCAACGCUCGGGUCCACGACCUCAUUGGCCUCAUCUGCUGGCAGUACACCAGCGAGGGCCGCGAACCCAAACUCAAUGAGAACGUGAAUGCAUACUGCCUCCACAUAGCAGAGGAUGACGGGGAGGUGGACACAGACUUCCCCCCUUUGGACUCCAAUGAGCCCAUCCACAAGUUUGGUUUCAGCACUCUGGCCCUGGUCGAGAAGUACUCGUCCCCCGGCCUGGCCGCCAAGCAGUCCCUCUUUGUACGAAUAAAUGCUGUCCAUGGUUUUUCUCUCAUCCCAGUGGACAGCCUGAAGGUGACCAUGAAGGAGAUCCUGCAGAAGGCACUGAAGAAGAGGAAAGGCUCUCAGAAAGGCUCUGGUCCCAUGUACCGUCUGGAGAGGCAGACGGAGCCCAACGUGCCCGUGGAUCUGGACUGCAGCCUCGAGAGCCAGAGCACCCUAGAGUUCUGCCUGGUCAGGGAAAACAGCUCCAGAGGAGAGGACAGUUCAGAGGAGGAUCCUCCCAUGGACAUCACCACGGUGCAGGACAUGCUGAGUAGCCACCGCUACAAGUCCUUCAAGAUCAGCAUGAUCCACAAGCUGCGCUUCACCACUGACGUACAGCUCGGCAUCUCGGGGGAGAAGGUGGAGAUCGACCCCGUCACCAACCAGAAGACCAGCACCAAGUUCUGGAUCCGACAGAAACCUAUCUCCAUCGAUUCAGACCACCUCUGUGCCUGUGACCUUGUGGAGGAGAGGAGCCCCAGUCAUGCAAUAUUCAAGCUCACAUACCUCAGUAACCACGACUACAAGCCCUUGUACUUUGAGUGUGAUGCUGCUACUGUCAAUGAGAUCGUGCUUAAGGUGAACUACAUCCUGGAGUCUCGGGCCAGCACGUCGCGGGCGGACUACUUUGCCCAGAAGCAGCGUAAACUGAGCCGGCGCACCAGUUUCAGCUUCCAGAAGGAGAAGAAGUAGAGGAGAGACCCUGGAGCCACUGUCUAGACCCUGGAACCAUUGUCUAGACCCUGGAGCCACUGUCUAGACCCUGGAACCAUUGUCUAGACCCUGGAGCCACUGUCUAGACCCUGGAGCCAUUGUCUAGACCCUGGAGGCACUGUCUAGACCCGGGGACCAUUGUCUAGACCCUAGAACCACUGUCUAGACCCUGUGACCACUGUCUAGACCCUGGGACCACUGUCUAGACCCUGGGACCACUGUCUAGACCCUGGGACCACUGUCUAGACCCUGGGGCUACUGUCUAGACCCUGGAACCACUGUCUGGACCCUGGAACCACUGUCUAGACCCUGGGACCACUGUCUAGACCCUGGGACCACUGUCUAGACCCUGGGACCACUGUCUAGACCCUGAGACCACUGUCUAGACCCUGGGACCACUGUCUAGACCCUGGGGCUACUGUCUAGACCCGGGGACCAUUGUCUAGACCCUGGAACCACUGUCUGGACCCUGGAGCUACUGUCUAGACCCUGGAACCACUGUCUGGACCCUGGAUCCACUGUCUAGACCCUGGGACCACUGUCUAGACCCUGGGACCACUGUCUAGACCCUGGGACCACUGUCUAGACCCUGGAGCCACUGUCUAGACCCUGGAACCACUGUCUAGACCCUGGGACCACUGUCUAGACCCUGGGACCACUGUCUAGACCCUGGGACCACUGUCUGGACCCUGGAACCACUGUCUGGACCCUGGAACCACUGUCUGGACCCUGGAACCACUGUCUAGACCCUGGGACCACUGUCUAGACCCUGGGACCACUGUCUAGAACCUGGGACCACUGUCUAGACCCUGGGACCACUGUCUAGACCCUGGGGCUACUGUCUAGACCCUGGAACAACUGUCUGGACCCUGGAACCACUGUCUAGACUCUGGGACCACUGUCUAGACCCUGGGACCACUGUCUAGACCCUGGGGCUACUGUCUAGACCCUGGAACCACUGUCUGGACCCUGGAACCACUGUCUGGACCCUGGAAUCACUGUCUGGACCCUGGAAUCACUGUCUGGACCCUGGAACCACUGUCUGGACCCUGGAACCACUGUCUGGACCCUGGGACCACUGUCUAGACCCUGGGACCACUGUCUAGAACCUGGGACCACUGUCUAGACCCUGGGACCACUGUCUAGACCCUGGGGCUACUGUCUAGACCCUGGAACCACUGUCUGGACCCUGGAACCACUGUCUAGACUCUGGGACCACUGUCUAGACUCUGGGACCACUGUCUAGACCCUGGGACCACUGUCUAGACCCUGGGGCUACUGUCUAGACCCUGGAACCACUGUCUGGACCCUGGAACCACUGUCUGGACCCUGGAACCACUGUCUGGACCCUGGAAUCACUGUCUGGACCCUGGAACCACUGUCUGGACCCUGGAACCACUGUCUGGACCCUGGAACCACUGUCUGGACCCUGGAACCACUGUCUGGACCCUGGAACCACUGUCUAGACCCUGGAGCCACUGUCUGAAGCCCAGACCGUGGAGCCACUGACUUCACUCUCACAGCAGAGGACCAAGGGAGAGAGUGAAGAGUGUCACAGUCAGAGAUAUAAUAAGAGAGAGAGAUGAUGAGACAUAAAAAGAGAGGGAGAUCAAGGCCGCAGGAAGAUGUUUUUUCGUUCUCUGCUCAUACAGUGUAAAGGCCUAGUUCACUAAUUUUGAAAAAUAUAUAUUUUAUUUAGAUUCAUCAGAUGAGGGAGAUGCGUCUUGAUCCUAGAUAAUUAAAGAGCUGCCUCCUAAACUCCAAUGUCUUCACAAAAGGCUCUCCACUCGUCAGCCAUAUCAGAUCUAAAGUUCUCCGCCUGACCUUUGUCCUUUUAGGAAUGCUUAGACAUAGAAAACAAGAAAUAGGCGGGACUUGUAGUCCUAUUCUGAAGGAGAUGAAGGAAUGCAACUCUUCCCCCCCCCCCUGUUAUUGUCAAUCCCAUGAACUCAGGAUGGAUCAGAGGACCACGGUGUUGCUUUAACACCAGUGUCAAUCAACGAAACCUUGUUCCAUCCACCGCCGCCUACAAAUCAAUUCUACAUUUGAGAGUUGAAUGCAUAUACCGAUGGCUCGAGUGAAAAGCCGAAGCCAUCAGGACAAUGAAAAUACUAAAUCCCUCGCUUCUGCUCUACGUAUGAAGAUGUAAACUUAAUCAGUCUUAUGUUGUACAUUGGUAUGUAAAGGGAACAUCCUUACAUUUUUAUUUGUAUAUAGAUAAUGAUUACAUUCAGGGGUUAAUUAAAUGAUAUGAUGAAACCUGCUUUGGCCAUAGUACAUUCAGUGCCUGAAACCUUUCAAAUAGUGGCUCACUACCAAUCAAUGCCAGUUCUGCUGAGGUGCUGUGAGGGUUUUUAAAAAAAACACAAGCAAGACGAGUACAUAAGGAAGGCAUUUUCCAUACUUUCGAGUCUGAACGAAAACUCUCAAAACGACUUAUUGUGAAUAAAGGUAGCAAGGGGAUAGGAAGGGGUACGACCUGACAGAUUUUUAUGAUUUCAAACAAAACAAACAAAAAAAAUGUAAUUAUUACCUGUACUUUUUACUGUGAUCUAUACAAUUAUUUUUUUUCUUCAUUGUAUCUAUGGACUGUAAAAUAAUGAAUGAAGCACUGUCUGUUGAACAGAUCAUGUUUGUUCAGACUGUCCCGAUGGGAGGCACAUAAGGAAUGUAUUACUUUUUACAGCAUUUUGUUGAUGUUGUUAAAACAAUGACAUUAUAUAAAUUCUGCUCAUA